AUGGGUUCAAUCAGGUCAACCCAUUCACAAAACGCCGACCUGCGUCUCCGCGGGAACGGCGAUCAGUCAAAGACAGUCCAGGAAAAGCGUUCGCAAAACUCGAUCUUACCUACAAACUCGAACACCUCCAAGAGACGACGUGGACUAUUUCGCGUGGACACAGCCGGGGAGAGCGGUCGAACUGGCGUGCACCCGUGGCAUCUCCUCAAAGUAUGUUUCAGGAGUGUCUGUACGCUUUCGAUGGUGGUGAACGUCCUCUGGCCAUUCGUUCCCGCCGCCAUUGCCAUAGCCUUUGCCCGACCUGAACUUCACGUCUGGAUCUUCAGUCUUAACUACAUUGCCAUGGUGCCCUCGGCAAACCUGCUCGGGUUUGCAGGUGGAGAGCUAGCCAAGAAAUUGCCCAAAAUGAUUGGUAUUCUAGUUGAAACCACUUUGAGCUCUGUGGUGGAACUCGUGCUGUUUAUGGUCUUGUUAUACAAACAUGGCAGGACGGAACAUGCGAAUUAUAUUCCUGUCAUUCAGGCCGCUAUUCUCGGUUCCAUCAUGGCAAAUCUUUUGCUAUGUCUGGGCAUGUGUUUCUUUGUUGGCGGUCUCAGACGUGAGGAGCAGGCCUUCCACGAAGCCGUCAGUGAAGUUGGUACUGGACUACUUCUCGUCGCAGGCUUUGGACUGCUAAUUCCAAGUGCAUUUUACUCCGCGUUGCGUGGGAGCGUCAAUGAAGAGUUUACCCUGAAACAGUUGGGCGAAUAUGCUUUGACCAUUAGCCGUGCCACUUCGGUGAUUUUGCUGGUGGCAUUCUUGACAUACCUUUUUUUCAAUCUCCACAGCCACAACUCCAUUUUCGACGAGAUCCUAGAAAUAGACGAACACCACGACGAAGACCGGCAUGAAGAAGCUGCCAGGUCCAAGCUCACCAUGACAGAAUGCAUCAUCGUCAUCGCUGUUGCAUUGACCUGCGUCUGUUUGUCUGCAUACUUCCUGGUGCAAGAAAUCGAGUAUAUCGUGGCCCGUGGUGUAUCCGACAACUUCCUCGGUUUGAUCCUCGUGCCUCUAGUAGAGAAGGCGGCCGAGCAUCUCACGGCUGUUGACGAAGCCUGGGAUAAUCAAAUCAACUUUGCGCUCUUCCACUGCUUGGCACCCUCCAUCCAAACAGCACUCUUCAUCGCGCCGCUCACUGUCAUCGUUGGUUGGGGCAUGGAUAAGGAGAUGAGCUUGAAUUUCGAAAUUUUCAUGGUCGUCCUCUUAGUGCUUUCAAUUCUGGUGGUUGGCAAUUUCUUGCGAGAUGGAAAGUCCAAUUACCUUGAAGGUGCGCUCUGUGUGCUUGUUUAUUUCAUUGUGGCAGUUUGCACUUGGUACUAUCCCGGCGUGGAGAUUGCCUCGUCGAACCAGUCUUGA